AUUGGAAUGUCCGGCCAGAAGAUUUUUCCAUAUAAAAUUGUCAAUUGGUUUUAUUUUUACUUUAGUAUUAUUCAAUCGAUAGUGUAAGAACAUUUGGUUUUUUUUUUUUCAAAUAACAAACGAACAGAGACUUACCUACCGGCACAAGACACAUCACACAAGUUAGUAGUUACAACUGCACCUCACCCGAAGCAACUGCUGUAUUGCCAGUGGAAAAGUAAAACAUUAAUAAUACUUAUUAUACCUAGACCAAGAUGAAGUCGUUGUUGAACGUUGCGUUUUGUUUUAUCACUUUUUUCCACAGUCUUUCGGCAGAACGUAUGGCCGGUUUCGAGGACACGGUCCAGAAGAAGGCCACCAACGCCAAAGUGUUCCUGGACAUGACCGCCGACGGCACCAGCAUCGGUAGAAUAAUCAUUCAACUGAGACAUGACAUAGUUCCCAAGACGGCGGAAAACUUCCGAGUGCUGUGUACCGGCCAACAGGGAUUCGGCUACAAGGGAAGCAUCUUCCAUCGCGUCAUCCCCGGCUUCAUGUGCCAAGGAGGAGAUUUCACCAACCACAACGGCACCGGAGGCAAAUCGAUCUACGGGAAGAAAUUCAAAGACGAAAACUUCACGUUGAAGCACACCGGACCGGGUGUUUUGUCCAUGGCAAACUCCGGACCCAACACGAAUGGCAGUCAGUUUUUCAUCACCACCGCACAGACGGAAUGGUUGGACGGCAAGCACGUGGUCUUCGGUCAUGUCGUCGAAGGCAUGGACGUGUUGAUGAAAAUCGAAUCUUUGGGAAGCAACACUGGCGUGACCAAAAAGAAAAUCGUCAUUGCCGACUGCGGAGAACUCGAAUAACUGCCAUUAAUGUUACUAUAAUUUUCGUCAAGUUUUUAAUUAUUAAUAUUAUUUUUUUUUUUUUUUGUUCAGUAAGUCGCAAAAAACUAAAAUUUAAAAAAAUAUGUGUUCUCUAGUCGUAUAAACGCAAUUCAACAAUAACGUUACUACGCGUUAUCAUUCUUGUUUUAAAAAUUCUUUGAUCACAAUGUAUUGUGUUAACAGUGGCCAAAAAAAUAACUAAUAAAUAGCAAUACAAUUUUACCGUUAUAA